AUGAACAUAGAUGCAGGCUCACACAAGUCAUCCUGCGACUUUGCAUAUAUCCUCAUACUCGACGGCCUUGAGAACCCUCCCAUCAUAUAUCCCCUUCUCAAUCUGCACCUUCGCACAGAACCUAUCUGCAUCAAUAGCCAGCAGCCUCGCCCGCUCCCCACGGUACGCCCCAUUCACUAUCCUCACAAGCCCUCCUAUUUGCGGAAGAACAGUCUCAAGCUCUUCCUGAUCGAUCCUCAAGACAUGCUUGUUCUCGAGCAUCUCAAUCUCUCCGUAAUAUUUAUCAAUAACCCUCCGAACAACACCCUUCUGCUUAUAGUACCCUUUAUCCGCCAAAGUUUUGCUCAUGACUUUCACGAUAAUACCCUCACACAGCCAGUAAUCCUUUCGAUUGCUCCUCUCUUUCGCUUUUUCCUCCUCCUUCAUCAGCUCCUCCAAAGCCGAUGCAUUUUUCUUGCUCGAACUCUCACCUUCCCUUUUCCGUUUCCCGCUGUUACUGCUCUCUUCAUUCUCCUCAUCAAACAAAAGCCUCGAAUUAUUAUUCUCCGUGUUCUUUUUCAAGGCCCCCAGACUAAGUUUAAUUUUCCUUUCGCCCUCCUCGCCAUUAUUUUUCUCCAGGAUUCUGGGUUUAGUUUCUGUUUCGUCGUUUUCGGAUCUGGCCGAGCGCUCCUUGAACAUGGUCUCCGAGUCACGGUCGAUGUAGGUGAUGAACCAGCCCUUGGGGGUCUCCUCGACCUUGCACUUGCCUGUGCGGCCGAGGUGCUUGACAAACUCGGUGAGGGUGGCCCACUGGGUGGAGUUCAUGUGGAUGUGGUGGCGAUCGGAGAUGUACUCGUUGUAGACGACGGUGGCGGCGAUGCGGCUGAAUCGGUGGCUGCGCUUCAUGUGUUCGAGGAAGGUGGUCUCGAACUCCUCCGAGUAGCCGUCGAUGAUGCGGGUGGGGUUCUGGCCGAAGACCUGCAUCUGGCGCUGGUGGGAUUCGCUCAUGCAGUGGCACUUGAAACCGUUCUCGUCCCGGCAUUGCUUCUGGCACAUCUGGCAGUACCACCGGAGCUUCUGGAGGCCCUUGGCCUUGAUCCGGUUCGCGAUCGCCUUUGGGGUAAGGAAUUCGUUCUUUCCCAUGAAGAAAUUUUGGGGGAUGGAUUUGAGGGGAUAUGGAUUAGGCUAGGGUUUGAGCGAUUUUGA